UAAAAAUAAACAAAUAAAAUAAAUAAUUCACCAUGAAUCGCCGUUGUUUGCAUUGGAGCUAUUUAAAUUACAAAGAAAUCCCCAUGGAUUUAUAUUUAUACGAGGAUUUGGAAGAAGUCUAUCUAAAGGAAAACUACAUUGCCGCCAUCCCCAAGUGGUUUUUAAAUUUAACAAAUCUCAAAUUUAUCCACUUGGCCGGCAACAAUCUCACCCAACUACCCGAAGAAUUGUAUCUCUUGGAAAAUCUCGAAUUUUUAGACGUCUCCAAUAAUCAGCUGCAGCAUCUACCCUCAUCCAUUGGCUAUAUGCUGAAUUUGUUGCAUUUGAAUGUCAGCUCAAAUGAAUUGACAGAUUUGCCAAAAAGUAAGUAAAAAAACUGCAGC